AUGAAGCUAUUGUCAAGCUUAUCGCUAACACUCUUACCUGCUGUAUGUCUUGCAGCGACUGAAUAUCAAUGUCCAUUACCCGAUGCGGCCAAGAAGUUCAGCGCCAUCGUUCUAGAAGAUAUGGACAGUGCUGCUCACAACGUGUACACCGGUGUUGCCGUUGGAGGUGUGUUCAAGAAUACUAAGAAACCCAAUUCAAAUAUUGCAGUUGAUGGCGAAAGUUUCGUUGGAAGCGUCCAGACCCCCAUUAGAAUCAAUUGGAAUAAGGGCAUUAACACUGGAUCCACGUUGGAGGAUGCUGGUAUUGACUGGUCCUACUUUGAAUACAUGGCGAAAAACACCUUUUCCACCACCAGGAAUGGAUACAAAAUCGUGAGAAUGACUUCGGGUGGAAACUUCAACACUUAUUCUUUCAACAAUGGAGGCCAAGGUGAAGAUAACGGGAAAACAAUCGUCUUCUUCGACACCAACCAAAAAGUGACCUUGACAAAGACAAACGAUGGUCGCCAGUUCGGUCCAACUGUCAUCGCUCCUUUCUCCGAGGUUGAAGUUCAUGGAAACGCUGGUUUCGUGGAUGGUCUCAUUGUUGCCAAGAAACUGAUCACCAGCGGAGGGAAUCCUUCCCAGUUGCAACUCCAUGGUGACUACUUUAAGGGUAAUAAUCUUCCUUGUCUAAAUCCACCACCGUCAGGUGCAACUAGUGGUCCGACUGCUGCACCUACCGGCACUCCGACUCCUGUUCCUACUAGUGGUCCAACUCCUGUACCUACCAGUGGUCCAACCCUUGAUCCAACUAGUUCACCAACAGCAGGACCGACGAAUACCCCUCCGACUGUGGACGGUGGCGCUAAGGGAGAUCCUCAUUUCAAGACCUGGAAGAACGAACAUUAUGAAUACCAUGGUCAGUGUGAUAUGAUCCUUGUCCAAGACCCUGACUUCGCCAAUGGAUUGGGAAUUGAAGUCCAAAUCCGAACCAAGCUUGUCCGUCACUGGAGCUACAUCAAGAACGCUGCUAUUCGUAUUGGUGAAGAUGUCCUCGAAGUGGAAGGAAGCGCCGAUCCUUCCAGCAAAUUCCAAUACUGGUACAACUUUGAAUCUCGAGCCAAAGUGGAUACUUUUGCUGGGUUCCCUCUGACUAUCAAGCACCGCGCAGGUAGCAAUUACACGGCAGGACUAGAGAUUGACUUGAGCUCCAUGUUCCCAGGCGAGAAGAUUGUUGUCGCCACAUGGAAGGAGUUUGUGCGAGUGGACUUCAAAAACCCAACCGAGGCCUCGUUUGGAAAGUCUGUUGGUCUACUCGGUGACUUCCAUACCGGCGAGACUCUUGCUCGCGAUGGUAUCACCGUUCAUAAUGACUUUUGGACCUAUGGAAACGAGUGGCAAGUCCUUCCAAAUGAAUUCAUGUUGUUCCACGUUGUCGAACAACCUCAGUUCCCCAAGAAGUGCAUCGAGCCUGAAGAUCCCCAAGGUGAACGUCGCCGACGACUAGAGGUGACUGGAAAGGAACGGAUUCGACGGAGGCCCGAACGGCACGUUUCCAAACACACCAAACAGAAAACAACACCACGAGAUGCGGCUUUGGAAGGUCACUUUACGCUGAUUGAUAUUGCCGUAGAAGAUGAAGGAUUGCUAGCGCGUAUUCCGGGAAAACGAUACAAUGCCAUUGGUACUUUUUGCAAGAUCGAAUGGAAGAAACAACAAGAGAAUCCGAGUACAGUUCCAAUGUUUAAGGAUUUGCAAGCCCAAUCCUUCAUGUGCGAAGGCACUCAAGUCGAAGUCGAUCUCUUUGAUCUGGCCCAAGAUGCCCGGGCGUAUGAUGCUUCCUUUAAUGAUCCUGACGUAUUCACGGGCAAGAAGAGUGUCGUUUUGCCAGUGGAACCUGCCGGUUUGGUCUUUCACGAAACUCGGUGUGGAUCCACUUUGACUGCCAACUUAUUGGCCGCCUUUUCUCCCGAUCACUCACGCGUCUAUAGCGAAUCUCCACCACCCGUCCACGCUUUGAGAGCUUGUUCUGAUCGACCAUGUGAUCCCGACAAGCAUACGCAAUUGAUCAAGGAUGUCUUUUAUUUAAUGGGCCGGACACUACGGGUGGACCGACCCCAACAUGUAUUUUACAAAAUUCAAUCGAUUGGUACCAUGGACAUUGACAAGUUUACGUCCGUCUUUCCGAAUACUCCGUGGGUGUAUCUGUAUCGUGAUUCGGUCGAAGUCAUGAUGUCCCACUUUAAGGAUGCGGCUGCCCAGACGCUCAACAAAAAGGGAAAGAAACGAUUGCCGGUGUGCGCGAGAAAUUAUGUCCGACCCAUGAACCGACAACCGCGCACCACUCAAAAGAUUUUGCAAAAGCAUGACAAGACAAUGGAAAAUAUUGAAGUUGCAGAAUACUGUGCUGCCCAUUUGGCUGCCUUGUCCUUGGCCGCCAUUGAUGAGCACAAAAAGACGGGGAUGGGGAGAUUCAUCAACUACAAUCAAUUACCAGAGAUUGCUUGGGAUCGAAUAUUACCCGAGUUCUUUGACAUCAAUCCCAUUAGCGAUGGCAUGAUCGAAAACAUGAAGCAAGUAGCAGGUGUCUACAGUAAGGGCCGAAACAGCAAGGCCAAUCAAGUCUGGCAAGAGGAUGCCACCAACAAGCACAAUCGGGCCACACCCCAAGUGAUUGCGGCAGCCCAUGAGUUUUUGAGUGACAUUUACGAUCAAAUGGAGAAUCUGUCAAAAAGUUAA